CAGAUGCGCUGCCUUCUUCUCUCUGAACAUCCUGUCCGGGUUUUGUUCUUUGCCUCUUUUAGUGAAAAAAUGGUGAAAAAAAAUAGUAGGGUUAGUGUCCAUUCAAUGUUAACGGCAGUAUCCAGUCAGCCAGUCGGGUCGGGUAAAACUCAUCCAUUAUCAGUACUUGAUCAUGCAAUGGGUCUCCAUACAGUACAUGUAGUUUUUUACUACAAGAAAAACCCAUUUGGGAUUUUUGACGUAGAUCCCUUAAGGAUUGCUUUGUCAGAGGUUCUUUGUUUGUACCCACAAGUUACGGGUCGGUUGACCCGAGGGGAGUCGGGUAACUGGUUAGUGAAGUGUAAUGAUGCUGGUGUUAGAGUUUUGAGAGCAAAAGUUGAGGCCACCAUGGAUGAAUGGCUGAGAUCAGCUGAUGGUUCAGAGGAGAAAGAUUUAACGUUUUGGGAGGACAUUCCCGAGGAACCUAGUACAUGGUCACCCUUCCGAAUUCAGGUAAAUGAAUUUGAAGGAGGAGGUGUAGCUUUUGGGCUAAGUUGUACACACAUGAAUGCAGACCCAACUUCCAUAACUAUACUCUUCAAAUCCUGGAUUGAGAGUCACCGCCAGGAGCCCAUUGAGCACCCACCCCUGUUCAGCUCAACCACCCUCCAUCACCAACAAGUUCCUAAUACUAGCACUAAACCAGACAAUUACUAUGCAACUAAGGGCAAUGCAGAAACUCCCUCGGUGAAAAUGGUCACAGCCACGUUCAAGUUCUCUGAUUCAGCAAUCAAGAAAUGGCUUGACGAAGUGCAUGAUCAAUGUGCUAAAGCUACUCCUUUUGAAUUGCUAGCUGCACUCUUUUGGACACGUGUUGCACAUGUAAAGGCUCCAAAAAAUGACAACAAACACUCCCUCUCAAUUUGCUUGGAUUUUAGAAGGCUAGUGCAGCCACCAAUUUCUCUUGGUUACUUUGGCAAUGCAUUGCAUUUUUCACUGCUGACACUAGAUGAAGAAGAAAUGGACUACGGUAAGUUGGGACAUGUGGUGGAGCUGGUGCAUCGCCAUAUUUCAGAUGUAGGGGAAGAGGAGGUUUGGUCUGUUGUAGAUUGGUUUGAAUCACAGAAGGAAGAGGGAGGGAAGUAUGCAGAACCUUUCAGAAUGUAUGGUCCUGAGCUAACUUGUGUAAGCAUGGAACACAUGAUAAUAGGGCAUAAAUCGUUGAUGUUCUCCGCAAGUUUCAAGAGUGAUGAAAAACCAGUUCACGUUUCAUGUCAUGUUGGAAAUGUGAGGGGUGAAGGUCUGAUUGUGGUGCUGCCUUCAGUAGAAGAAGGACUUGCAAGGACAGUGAUGGUAACCUUGCCAGAGGAGGAGAUGCCUAAAUUAUGCGAGGAUCAAGCUAUCCAGUGUCUACAACCAACAAUGCUGAUAGGUGGAAGAUACUAAGCUUCGUUUGUUUCAAGAUGUUGAGCAAGGAUAGUAUGGCCUCCGAGUCUGUUGCUUUAAUUUUCAUGCAUAAUAUAUCUAUGUGCUAAUCUUAAAGGGAUGCAGAUGCCAAACCCUACCAUGUGUUGGGUGGAACAAGAGCUGUUGCUAGCAACUCAAAUUGUAGGCUUAUAUUAUAUCUGUGUGUUCUGUACUACGUACGUGAUCAUAAAGCGACGGCCAGAAUAACUGUUUCAAUUUUCA